AUGGUUGCGAUCCAGCAGUUGGCGUAUGGCACCACAACCGAUAUGUCCGACGAGUACCUUCACGUCGGGGAGACAACUGGACGCGAUUGUCUGAAGAAUUUUUGUAGGGGAGUUGUGGAGGCUUUUGGCGACACAUAUUUGCGACGCCCGACUGCUGAUGAUUGCCAGAGCCUGAUGAGGAUGCACGAGACGGUGCACGACUUCCCUGGAAUGCUAGGAAGCAUCGAUUGUAUGCACUGGCAGUGGAAGAAUUGUCCGACGGCGUGGAGAGGCCAAUUUACUAGUGGCUAUAAGGGCAGCCACCCGACGAUGAUCCUCGAAGCAGUCGCUGACCAUCGCCUCUAUAUCUGGCAUGCAUACUUCGGUGUAGUCUGGUCGAACAACGACAUCAACGUACUCAACUCGUCCACCCUCUUCGCCGAUCAAUGCAGGGGUCACGGCCCGACCACCGGGUUCACUGUUAACGACCACAGAUAUCAUAUGGGGUACUACUUGGCCGAUGACAUAUACCUAAGGUGGCCUGUUUUUGUGAAGACGAUCAGCUGCCCAAUGGGUGAUAGGAGAAUCUUGUUUGCGGCAAAGCAGGAGUCUGCGCGAAAGGAUGUGGAGCAGGCAUUUGGUGUGCUCCAAUCGCGGUGGGCAAUAGUGAAAGGUCUGGCGCGUUUCUGGUUCAAGGAAGUCAUCGCCGAUGUCAUGUAUGCGUGCAUCAUCAUGCAUAACAUGAUAGUCGAAUAA